AUGCGCGGCGUGUCGCGCCCGAACACACGCGGCUGCCGGUCCUUCGCGCUCCCCGGACAUAGAGGGUGCGUCGAGCGGCGCCCCGUGCGAGCUGUCCCCGGCGUCCCCGUGCGGCGCUGCCUGCUGCAUCGCUGCGCGCCUGCAGCGGCGAGGGCGAUGUCGAGUAGCGCCCACCGGAAGAGCUGCGACGUGGCGGUGGUGGGCGCGGGCGCCGCGGGGCUCGCCGCGGCGAAAGAGCUGCGAUCCGAGGGACACAGCGUGGUCGUUUUCGAGGCGGGCGAGGGCGUCGGCGGCGUGUGGAGGUACGACGAGCGCGUCGACAGCGACCCGCUCGGGCGCGCGCGGGACUCCUCGGCGGUGCACUCGUCCAUGUACCAGGGCCUCCGCACGAACCUCCCGCGCGAGCUCAUGGGGUACCCGGACCUCCCCUUCCACCCCAUGGCGAUGGGCGACCGUUCCGUGGACCCCCGGCGGUUCUGCGGGCACAGCGAGGUGCUGGCCUACCUGGAGGUGUACGCCGAGCGGUUCGACCUGCUGCCGCUGAUCCGGCUGGGGACCAAGGUGGUGUCGUGCCGGCCGGGGAGCGAGGAGGGCGCGCACGGGCGGGCGUGGGACGUGGUGACGGAGGGACCGGGCGGGGCCACGGAGCGGAGCCGGUUCGACGCCGUCGUGGUGUGCAACGGGCACUACUUCCAGCCGCGCCUGCCCGACGUGGAGGUCGCGGAGGGCUUCGGCGGCGUCGUGAUGCACUCCCACAACUACCGCAACCCCGAGGACUUCGCAGGCAAGGUCGUUCUCGUGCUGGGCGCGUCGGCGAGCGGCGAGGACAUCUCGCGGGAGCUCACGUCGUCGGCAGCGCACGUGUACCUGUCGGCGCGCACGUGGAUGAACCCGCAGUGGGGCGGCGACACGGCCCCCACGGGCGACGGCGGCAACCUCGAGCGCGUGGCCAACCUCGUGCGCGUCGACGCGGACGGCACCGCGCACUUCGCGGACGGCUCCGCCUCGGCGCGGCCGCUGGACGCCGUGCUGUACGCCACGGGCUACCACUACGCGUUCCCGUUCCUGGACGAGGGCGCCGCGGAGGUCCGCGUGGAGGACAACCGCGUCGCGCCGCUGUACCUGGACGUGUUCCCGCCCGCGCAGGCCCCGUCGCUGUCCUUCAUCGGCCUGCCGUGGAAGGUGGUGCCCUUCCCGCAGUUCAGCGUGCAGGCCGCGUGGGUCGCGCGCGUGCUGUCCGGGCGCGCGGCGGUCCCGUCGCGGGAGGAGAUGGAGGCGGCGUGCGCGGAGCGGUACGGCGCGCUCGAGGCCGACGGCGUGGCGCAGCGGCACUCGCACCGCCAGGGCGAGGACCAGUGGGCGUACAACGCGAUGCUCGCGGACCUGGGCGGGGAGGGCAUGCCGCGGCUUUCGGAGUGGCGCGCGCGGAUGUACAAGGCCACGGGGCUCACCAAGCGCGCCAAGCCGGACCUGUACCGCGACGUGCACGACGACGCCGAGUGGCUGCGGGCCGCGGAGGAGGAGUUCGCCGCCAUGGUGGGCGGCGCGAAGCGGGAGCAGCUCGCGGGGUGA